UGCCACACCCCCUUAAGCUCUCUAUCACAUAAGAGUUAUUUACAAUUAGAUGUUUUGAAUGAUUUCACGUCGCAAAAUCGUCGGCUGACUGGUCCGGGGACUGCGGUUGGUUGUUGUUGGUCGACGAAAAACGCUGCAUCAGGUCGUCGUUCGAGUUCAUCCGCUCCAGCAGCGAAGACAACAACCUCCUGUUGAGGCGAUCUGUCUGCGUUCAAGGUCUACCGAGGGCAAACUGAGAACGAACAAAAAUAUUCCCUAAGAGAACAGAAAUGGCGGAAGUGCUGCAACCUGGACAACAGAUCCGGCCGGUUAUAAGCGUUCCUGAGGCUACGAGCUUGGUUGAGAAGAUUUAUGGUGUGCAAGUCGACAACAUUAAAGAACUCGACGCUUAUGAUGACAAGAACUACCAUAUUAUUGUUAAAAGUCAGCCUUCAAAUGAAAGUCUGAAAUCUGUCUGGCCACAUGGAUAUGUUUUCAAAAUUCUUAACUCCAUGGAUUCUAAAAAAGUGUCUUACGUGGAUGCUCAAAACCAAAUGAUGCUCCAUUUAACUAAAAAUGGUAUAAGGUGCACUCAGCCUCUACCGAACAAAGGCGGCGACCUUUUUUCUAUUGAAGAAAUUAACGGCAGCCGGCAUAUAAUUCGUCUCCUGCAAUUUGAGCCUGGUCAAAUUUUGUACAACGUCCCGGUCAACCCUGAACUUUGCAGCCAGACUGGCAUUUUCUUGGCUCAAAUUAACACAGCGCUUGAAGAUUUCCAACACCCUGCUUAUGAUGAUCAUUCCACAAUUUGGGCUCUGGAUUCCGUGCCCAAACUGACCAAUUUUCUCUUUGCCGUCACCGAUGAGGGCCAGAAAAAUUUAGCCGGUUUAGUCAUUGCUGCUUUUGUGGAAAGGGUUGUGCCCUUGAUUGGGCAGUUACCUAAAGGAAUGAUUCAUGGCGACUUCAACGAGCACAACAUUCUCGUCCGCCAGUUUUCAGAACAGUGGGUGUCAGACGGAGUUCUUGAUUUUGGCGACACCCAGGUCAACUGCUACCUUUUUGAGGUUGCCUUGGCUGCUUGCUACAUGAUGUUGAUGGCUAAAGAAAAACUGACACCCCUACAAGCAGGGACUCUUGUGGUUGCGGGCUAUCACAAGCUCCGUCCUUUGAGUUCUAAAGAACUCUGCCUUAUGAGGGUUUGUAUUUGUGCUCGACUCUGCCAAAGCUUGGUGCUUGGUCUGUACUCGCACUCUCAGGACCCAUCCAACACAUACGUUUUGCAGACUGCACAGUCUGGGUCUGGUUGGACCAUCCUUGAGAACACAUGGAAAUUGUCUGACGAGGAAUUUUCUAAAGCUCUCCUUCAAGCAAUUGACAACUUGAAGAAAUAACGUCACAGCAAUAUUUGGAAAGCAAUUAUGACAAUAUAAAUUUACAUAUGUAAUAGUCUACAUAAAAUUGUUAUGAUAUGUUCAUAAUUAAAUUAGAAAAU